AUGUCAAAUUCGCCGUCCGUUCCCGAAGAGAUCUUGCCUAAUCGCGUGGUGACACCUGCGGCACCUACCCAACAUGAUUGCUCAGCCAUCCCUGGGGCCAGCCCACGUCACCACUCGCGGCAGGCCCAGAUGUCCCAACCCUCCCAGGUCUCAUCACCGUCAAGGGCGGAAUCGCCAUCGGCUCAUUCUUGGUCACAGCCCAGAUUCGCCCUCAAAAGGACGGUAACCGCGCCACCGGAGAACACCGCUAGCCCGGAUAUCGUCCAUCGGCCCCAGCUGUCGGAGCGCGACAGUAUUUUCGCAACCCAUUACCUCCCCUCAGACAGCGGCGCAAACACCCCACAAUUACCCCCGGAGAGGACCUUGGACAAUGAGCGUCAGGUCAACUUGAUUCCCAGCCUCGAUGAUGCUCCCGUGUCUCCAUGUGCAUUCCCCAAGGUCUCUCCCCACCACUUCAACGUCGACCCUUCCCACAUGGAAGUUGACGUCCACAGAAAUUCUCCACUACGCUCCUCCACCCUCUUCUCUUCCGAUGCCCCCCGCCUGUCCCUCUUGCGCGCGUCGACCUCGCCGACUGAUCACUUCAAGAAACCACAGGCAGAGGCGAGCGUGCAGGCUCCUUUGGGCAGAUCUCAGCGGUAUAAGGUGCCAUUGGAUGGACCAGGUACGAAAACUCACCACUUGCAAGACACUUUACCUGAACGAAGUCUCUUCCCUCCUGCAGUAGAUGAUGUCUCUUCUACCCCGCACUCAUUAGGUGCGCUGUCCGGCCAAGGCCCUCAGGUCAGUCCAGAGUUCGCUUCUGCAUCUUACAGUCCUCGCAAAGAAGCCUCCCAUAACCUCCUCGAACGAAGCCCAAGUAGAGGGCGCCGUGGUCGAGUGGACAGCUCUAUUGAAGCCAACUUGACCAACGCGGAACCGGCUUCUAACGUGCGCAGCCGUAAAUCCAGCCACUACCUGGGUCUGUUCAAAGAGAACACAACCUCACCAGAUCGCAAGCGCCGAGAGGAUCGGGAUCGAGAUCGGGCACAAGAUGAGGCGGUGGAAUCGCAAAAUAACGUCAUGGAUUUGGAACAAGAGCCCCGGACGUGGCCGGAGGAGGACGCUUUGCUUCGUAACAGCAUAUCCCUCCCUUCCCUCGGGGAUGGCCCAUCUCUCGACCCUCCCCCACCCGAUGUCUCUCAAAAUCGGCCACAUGAUGAACCCCACAAGCGCCCACCUCCAGCGUUGCCUCGCAGCCUCCUGGAAGAAAUCCGAAAUUUCCAUCUAACACCCGGAGGGCGUCAUGGCUCCUCGUUCUCACAGAGCAUCCCAACGCAGUACUCGGAGCGGAAUCGGGACUAUUUUCAAAAGGAGUCUCGUGUCUCAUUCUCCCCUGUCAACUCAUUCGAGCAGGAUGAGCGUCGUGGAUCCCAGCGAUUUGGUGUCGAGGAAGAAGAAAACGAGCAGAUUUCUUCUGCAGUUUACUUCCCCCAUGAGCGCACAGUACCAGACGGGGUCGAUGGCGUACAGCAAUAUCCUGAGGGCCCCCGUGAUGUACAGCCGGUUCAGUUGACGGUUCCUGAAAAAGGCCAAGAGCUGAUGUUAGUACCCCAAGAGCGUAAUUCUCAUUCUCCCGAAAAAGAAAUCAGCCAUGUGGAUAUAUCCCUGCGAUCUAAGAAUGAAAAUAAGAUCCUAUACGGAGAUAUCCAUUCUCCCCGGGAGAGCGUGCCCGAAAAGCCCUUGAGUACUAUCUCUGAAAUCAGUUGGGAUUCAGCACAUGAAUCUGAGCCUGGAUACGAAAGUCACGAUCUGAGCGAGGACGGUCUAUUUGAUGACUCCAAAACCCCGACGGCGACACCAACUCAAAGAUCCCGGAUUCUGUCUCAUCCUAAGCCCCCGGGUCCUCUUGGUGCUGUGGAAUUGAAGCCCUACCGACACCAGGUUGGUGGGCACACCACAGUCUUCCGAUUCUCCAGGCGAGCUGUAUGCAAGCAACUCAACAACCGCGAAAAUGAAUUCUAUGAGCGAAUCGAAAGAAGACAUCCUGAAAUGCUAGUGUUCCUCCCAAAGUAUAUCGGUGUGUUGAAUGUCACAUUCUCAAAGACACCCAAGCGACCGAAGGAUCAAACCGAUACCGCCGAUAGCAAAAUUCAAGAUGUGACCAACUCAAAUGGAAAUGGAACCUCCGUACUUAGUUCCCAGCUACAGGAGGCAGCGGAGCCUCAGCGAAUUGUCAGCCACUCGCAGGCCACGGGUGUCAUUCCAAAGGUCAUCCUUGAAAACAAUCGUCACAUCAUUCCUGCCGAUCUGUUCUCUAGACCACAACGACCAAGAACAGCCGAUGCUUCGGUAAACCGUGCACGGUCUGUCGACGGCCUCGAGGGAAUGUCUGCCGAGUCCGAUCCGUCGGCACUGAGCAAGCGGGCCAAAAUCUGGGGUGCGACCACUGUCAAUCGUAAGCUUCAAGAACAGGUUCUGCGUGAGGUUUUCAGCCCUCCUGCCAUUCAUCGUCACCGCAGGCAUGCCCGAGGACAUGCUCAUCUACCAAGAGCCAAUUCUGACGUGCCUGCCGCCUGCCGCCGUCGAGCCAACUUGUCAGAAGAUCAGACAAGUACUCGGCGACCAGUCCCAGGGCCAAUCGAAGCUCUGAAAACAGAAGCGAUUGAUAUCAAGCAACCGUCCGGUGAAGGUCCAGCUCUUUCCUCGUCCGCUUCUACUGCCCUCGAUGCCAAUCAGAACCGCCUCGAGCAGAUCAGACUUGAAGACGAUGAGAACCGGUCAAGCUCCCUUUCGAGAGCGGCCCACCCAAGAAGAAGACACUCCGGGAGUGGCCUGCAAAGACGCGGUAGUAUGGAUUCUCGCAACAAUGGAGAGCUGAUGUUCUUCGACGAUGAGGAAUAUAGUGGUGACAAAGAAGAUGAAAUCUUCUCUAUGGAAGCCGAUGCUUCUAUGCCCUCCAAUCCCUCUCCCCUCGGUAAGCGGUCCGGUUCACAAACUUCGGAAAGCCACUCGACUGCUGGUCAAUAUCUGACCGAAGCUUUUGCUUCCAACGGUCGGGAUCCAUCCCGCUUCCAGCCGCAGGAGCCUCUUAACACGAUUCUACCAAGCAACCCCAAAGAAGCCCAGCUCCGGAUGGACGAAAGAGUGCAAUUCUUCCUUCUUCUUGAGGACUUGACCGCUGGUAUGAAUAAACCAUGCGUGCUGGAUUUGAAGAUGGGUACCCGACAAUACGGCAUUGAGGCGAACGAGAAGAAGAAAAAAUCGCAGCGUCGAAAAUGCCAGUCUACCACUUCCCAGCAGUUAGGCGUGAGGCUCUGUGGCAUGCAAGCCUGGAAUGUUAAGAAGCAAGAGUAUAUCUUCGAGGACAAGUACUUUGGGCGAGAUCUGAAGUCCGGUCGCGAGUUCCAAGACGCGCUUACUCGUUUCCUAUAUGAUGGAGUUAGCUAUACCAGCGUGGCCAAAAGGAUCCCCAUCAUUUUGGAGAAGCUCGCUCUGUUAGAACACAUGAUCCGACAACUGGAUAGUUACCGCCUCUAUGCCAGCAGCCUCCUGAUUCUCUAUGACGGAGACCAACAAGCCUCUCCGCAACAAGGCCCACCUCGUCCUCCUAACGACCGCGCACCAUUGAAGCGCACACUUUCUGACGACGGCUCCAACAAAUUUGACGUGCAGCUCAAGAUUGUUGAUUUCGCCAACUGCGUCACAGGCGAGGACGCCCUUCCACCCGACACUCCCUGUCCGCCUCACAACCCCUACGACAUCGAUCGUGGGUACCUGCGCGGACUUCGCACACUGCGCAUGUAUUUCCAACGGAUCAUGAAAGAAGUCACUCAAGACGAGUUCAUCGAACGAGGCGAAGGCGAAGCCAUUGCGCUGGGCUCACAGCCCGCUGCGCGCGAUGACCCCUCCGACCAAUACUGGGAUGAGACCAUGAUGGAAAGUGAUGCGGGCGCAGUCAGUUUCUAA